AAACUAAUCAGCCUCUAGGGGUUAUUCGGAUCAUUUAUCAGAAAGACCAUCGAAAACCCAUCAUACAAUACAAAAUUCCACUUCUCCACAACAUAUUCAGAGGAUGAUCGGAGAACUAAGUUGACGACGACAUUGGACAUAUAAAGAGAGAAAACCCAUUUCUUGUGACAGUCGCUUGAGAAGAAAAAACUGAAGCUUUGAGGGUUGUUGAAGCUCCUUCCAAUUGCAGCUUGAAAGGGUUCCUUUUUCACGGAUUUGUAGACAGAAGAGGAGGACUAUAGAGAUGCAGAAAUUGGGUGAUUUUAAGCUGCCCCAUUUCUUCAAUUACCCACCUUACUUCACUUUGCAGCCAGUAAGAGACACCCGUGAGAAGCAAGUACAGCUUUGGAAAGAGCUUAUUCUUGAUUAUUGCAGGACCCAAAAAAUAUUUGUCAUUGGUUUGGAAGAAGAAUUUCCUCUAUUUUCAAAUCCUGUUAUUGAAAGAACUCUCAGUCAUGAAGCAAGGGAAGCUUUCCUCUCAGCCUUAGUUUCAGAAGGACGUGCAGAAUGGUUAGAUAAAGGGCAUAGGAAAUGUCUUAUUCUCUGGCACAGGAUUCAAGAGUGGGCCGAUAUAAUUCUAAACUUUGUGAAAGAUAAUGGCUUAGAGGACAGCGUUAUGACAGUUGAGGAAAUACGUUCAGGGACCGAAUCAAGAGGAACAGAGCUUAGUGGUAUUGACCGGACAAUUCUUAUGCGAGCUUUGAAGCUCCUAGAACAAAAAGGGAAGCUUGCAAUUUUCAAGGGCACUUCAGCUGAUGAUGAGGGUGUUAAAUUCUCCAUCUAGACCUUCUAGGAGGAACUAAUUUACAUGAUACAUUUAAUUGUCUCUAUAAGCAUGAUUGUUCUAUUUUGUCUGAAAGAUUUUUGCUGAUUUAAUGCAUAAAGAAGUAUUCUGA